AUGAGCUUAUCUCAUCGCGUGGAUUACAAGCACACCGACCCGAACAAGGACGACGAUGUCGCGAAGUUCCAGGGUCUCGCAGUCGAGGGAGAGUGGCUCAAUUAUACGCCCGGGCGUACUAUUACACGCACGAAGGACAAGGCGGCGUACGUGAUGACCGCCGGGAUCACAAACCUUACCAUAGCAGGUCAGUCCGACCGGUGGUUUGAUAACCGUACCUUUGCGCGGGAGUCCUGGCAGAUCUUCUCGAGCGGUAGUGAAGGAGGAUCGACAAAGGACGAGACGUCGAGCAGCUCUUCGAGCUCCGGCUCUAGUUAA